AUGAUCGCGCAAGCAAACGUUUUGAUUGAGGGAGAACAGCCAAGCAUAGCUCCGCGACGAAAUACAACGGACUCCGUUCAGACCGCAUCCGCGCCAAUGACAAUUAAAUUACCAGAAAUGCGUUUACCUACCUUUGAUGGAAACAUAGAGAAUUGGAGCUCAUUUUUUGAUAGUUUUUCGUCGAUGAUUGAUCAGAAUUGCGAUUUGACCCCAGUGCAGAAAUUGCAGUACUUAAGAUCAACCUUAGCGGGAAGGGCUGCCGCGUGUAUUCAAUGUUUAAGCACGACGGAUGCAAAUUACGCGGAUGCUAUUGAGUUAUUGAAAGAAAAAUAUGACUGUAAACGUAAAAUUCUUAUUAAACAUUGCGACGCGAUUUUGUCAUUCCCUAAAUUAUCACGAGAUUCGCCAGAAGCAUUAGGAGAACUUGUCGACACAAUACGCCAGAACCUAAGGUCGUUGAAGAAUUUACGUAUCGACGUUUCGUCGUGGGACUGUAUACUGGUGACCAUCAUUUUGUCAAAAAUUAGCAGCGACACCGCGUGGCAUUGGGAGUUGUCAUUGAAAGAUAAGGAAAUGCCAUCUUACAUACAAUUUCUUGACUUCUUAGAAAAGCGAGCAAGUUGCGUGCCACCUAGUUCACAAAAGACCAUUUGUACGUUCGGACAGAAUAAUCGUACUGCACCCGCGAAACCUUCCGGUAAUCGAUACCCCACGAGAUCUCACGCAUUUGUAACUACGAACACAUUUAAUCAUUCCCAGCAAGAGUACAAUUCAAGCACAACGAGUCCAUGCACGACUCUCGCGACUUCUUCAAAUCCUGCGACGACCGCGACGCCUGCGAAAUGUCCAAUUUGCCACGGAAUUCACGGAAUUUGGCGUUGUGAAAGGUUCCAUUCGUGGUCAGUGGACGCAAGGAUUGCAGCAGUUAAGAAGGCAUCGUUAUGUCAAAAUUGUUUUCGAAUCGAACAUAAUCCGGAGAUAUGUAAGAAGGGAUUCUGUCGGAUAUGUCGGCAGCAACAUCACACGUUAUUGCAUAAACCCAGAAACUCAUCAGAAUGUCACGAACAUACACCGAUGCAUAGCCGUGCGACAUCACCCGUAGCGCAGGUAGAAGACGAAUGA